AUGCCCCUCAUCAUCAUUACUGGCCUCCCUUGCUCAGGCAAGACUCAUCGAGCCCGCCAGAUCGCAGCCGACCUCGAGAAUUAUAUUGCCUCAGACCCAGCAUCUGCAAAGAGGACCGUACAGAUUGUUUCUUCUCACCACGCUUCCGCAGACACCCCUCUCGACAACCAAGAAGACAACAAAUCCACAGAGCCUUUGAGAGAUCAAAUAUACAACAGUGCCGCCCAAGAGAAGACAGCGCGGGCGGCAGAGUUCUCGGCGAUCAAGAGAGCGGUGUCGCGGGACAACAUCGUCAUUGCAGAUGGAUUGAAUUACAUCAAGGGGUACAGAUAUCAACUGUGGUGCGAGGCGAAAGCGGCGGGUACACGGUGCUGCGUGGUCCACGUCGCCGCGCAGGAGGAUGAUUGCAAGAAGUGGAACAGAAAACGCCUGAGGGUCUGGGGCCGAGACGACGAGGGCAAGGACGAACCUGGGCAUGAUGAGAAGAACAACACCCCCCAGGGGCCAUCAAGAAGCGGUCGACAGGGCGAGACCGUCAUGGGCGAUCUCGUACCCGAGAGUCACACUGCAAUAUACGGCGACAGGGUCGUCGAGAAGGCAAGUCGGUCGAGGUCAUCAAGUAUGGACGGUGGUGGGCUUGACGACGACGACGACGACGACGAUGAUGAUGAUGAAGGCGCACGACGACCGCGACGGCGACCACAAGUCGACGACACCAUGACUCUCAAGAGCCUGUAUAUAAGCAAGACCUCGGAUCAUAACCGCGGAUCGCAAAUCCAGACGACCACGAACGGCGCCACGACGACGACGACGACAAAUUCUCUGGAGCCGAACAACUCUUCUCCUCGUCCUCCGCCACCAAGUACGACGAUCGUCCCGCCUCCCCCGACGUCCUCACAGCCGUAUUCAUCGUCAACCCUGACUUCGUUGACGAUGCGGUACGAACCACCCUCGCCGUUUUCGCGCUGGGACACACCUCUCUUCACGGUUCCUUCCGCAGACACCGCGCCGCCCAGCCACGACAUCUGGACGGCCAUCUUCCCUCCUCCCGCAAAGCCCACGAGCAAGAAGGCGCUCUCGCAGCUCUCGCAGCACACCGCUCCCGAAGCGGUCCCGAAGCAAGAAGAAGUGAGACGGCACGCCGCGACCGUACUUCCCAGGGCAACGGGUUCCGACGCUCUGCAGGUCCUCGAGAAUGCGACCAUGGACGUCGUCAGGCACCUUCUCGUGCGCGCGAGGGAAGACGGCGUCGCGGACGCGGACUGCUGCGGUACGGUGAACCUGGUGAUUCCGGCCACCACUGCUACUGCUUCUGCUUCUUCUGGCGCCGGUGCCGCUGACCGCCUCGUGGGAUCCUCCGUGACCUCGGGCUCGGGUUCGGAAUCUGUCUCGGAGGGCUCCUCGGGGGACAAGGAAAAGGCCGGCGAAGGAACGUCCUACGAAACGACAAUCUACGUCCCGUCCAGCGUGGCCUUGUCCCAGCCCGUGCUUCAACGCCUGCGACGCAAGUAUACCCAGAUGCAGCGCGGCGGGAUUGCCCACGGACAGGGGUACGUCAAGGGCCGAAUGGGCGUCGUCAAAGGUUUCAUUGAGUUUCUCGAGCACGAAUGGAACGAUGAUGGUUGA